AUGGCUACCGGCGCGCUGAUUGUCAAGUUCGUGCUGCUGAUGUCAGCCGUGGUGGGUGGCGUGCGCGCGCAGCCGGGCCUGAACCGGCCUAUUGUGCCCCCUAGGCCCCUGCAGUACGUGCCGUUUACUCUCCAGCUGGUGCUGACGCAGACGCCCCUGACCACCAACCUUGCCAGCCUGACCUUCGGAAGCAGCUUCACAUUCAAUGAUAUCAUCACGAGCACUGCCAACAGUACGCAGCCGCUGGCCGGCCGCUUGGCAGGCUCUGCCUUUUUCACUCAGGGGCUCGACCUGACCGCUAACCCUCCCGCGGCCGUCAUUCAGAUCGUGGCGACUGUCAUCUCCGCUGCGAACCCCGCGGACAGCUUCGCUUUCAUAGGCCCCUCCAACAGCUUGACCAACGUCACGACGGAUGUCGCCGUUGUCGGGGGCACCGGCAUCUUUUCCGGCGCCACGGGUGCUGGCAGAAUCAGAGUCACCCAAUUCAUCCCCACCGAUACCACCCUGCUUCGUCUCAACUUCUCUUUCUUUGCACUGGCGACCCCACUCCCAGUGCCGGCGCCCUAA